AUGGAUCAAUCAAGCUAUGCUCGAUCGACAAUGGGCAAUCAAUCCGUAUCUUCGGCUUCGGAUCCUUUUGGAUUCCAGAAACAACAACAAGGGGGAAAUCAAGGUCAACCGCCACAACGACGGCUUCAACCACAGCCAAGAGGCCGCUACGAGUAUCAAGCCAAGCCACCGCAACCGAAUCGACCACUGAAUGAUGCUGAAUCACAGCCAGCGACCCAGCCAAUGUCGCAACAGGCACAUCAACAAGCGCAUCAACAACAGCAUACACCACAGCAUUAUGAUGAACGUGUUGUGCCUCGAGCUGGAGCACCCAUGCACCGCCCGUCUUCGGUCCAUACAACGCCAACUUCCAAUCGGAAAGGUUCUCCUCCAUCUCCCUUGAAGCCACUGAAUUUGUCACAAAUAUCACCUCAGGAUAGUGUUUCACUUUUGACGGCAGAGGAUGUCAGUCCAACCAACAAAAUGUAUCAACAACAACACCCCCCGCCGCCUCAUCAGUAUCCACAACAGUCUCAAAAGUCACAUUCGAAAUAUCCUCCAAUGCAACAAUCACGGCAACAAAAUCCGUCAGCUUUUUGGAGUAUACCCCAAAAUAGUGGCAACUUGUCCCGUCCUGGAGCUAUUGAAGAAACCAUGCGACGAGUGUCCAAUGCAUCGUCCAGUAUGAAUUCAGGUACUCAAAGAAGAAAUGGCACUGGUACUGCGGCUCUCAACCCGAAUACAGCUGCAUCUUUCGGGGCUGCGUCCUUUGCUACUAAUGCCACUGAUACCCGGCAACAGCAAAUGUCGCAACUGUUGCAGUCCUUACAAACCAAUCUGAACAAGACACAGCAACGUUUGGACGAUCAAGAACGUCUCUCGAGGGAAAAGGAAAGUCAAUACAACAAAUUGCAAUCCGAAUAUUACCAAUUGCAACAGAAUAAUCGAAAAUUGACACAAGAAACGGAUCAGUAUGCAAGGGAAACAAUCAAGGCACAACAACUUUUGGAAUCUAGUCAAGUACAAGUAAAAGCUCUGGAACAAGAAGUGGCAGUUUUGCAGCAGAGUUUGAAUGAAAAGCAAGACGAUCAGUCACAGUAUUUUGAAAACAUUGCGAAGCAACAACAGCAACAGGCGGAAGAACUGGCAAUGGAACGGCAAAAGCUACAAGAAUUGCAGCAACAGUGGUUUCAAGUCCAAAACACUUCGAUGCAAGACCUGGAAUUCAGAGAGCACGAACAAGAUGAACUCAUGACCAAGAAUCAACAGGCCUUGAAUGAGCGCCAACAUGCUUUGGAAGAAGAACGCAUUCGAUUGGAGUCCCUCAAUCAAGUAUUGCAACACAAGGAGGCAGAGUAUCAAGACAAAACCAAAAAGGUAAUGACCCAACAGGAGAAACUGGACAUGAAGGCGCAGGCACUCGACGAACGCAGCAAGGAAAUCAUGCAACAAGAGGCGGCAAUUCGCAAACGAUUAAAGGAAUUGAAAAGUGUGGAAACGGCCAUGCUGGAACAGCAACAAGAGUUGGAACACACGCAACAAUCGAAUAAUGCACGACAAACCUUGCUCGAACAAACCCUCCAAGAAAUGCAAGAACAACGUCAGGAAGAAGAAGAAAAGUUGACCAUUGCCUCUCGCAAUCUGGAUGAAAUGACUCGACAGUACAACCGACUUAAAACAGAUUCCAAAGCGGUCAAGGAUGCUCUCAAGGCGAAACUGACGACAGGACAUGCAGAACUCAGUAAGGUCGCAAUGCAAGUUGAGGAAAAAAGACAAGAGUUACAGGCAGUGGAAAACGAAAUGAACGAAUUUCACAACGAACAAGAAGAAGCCAGAAUCCUCGGGGACGAACAACUAAAGCAACAACAGCUUGGGCUCAGGAAACUGGAAGAGAAAAUGGAGCAAAUCCAGAGCGUCAUGUUGAUUGACGAACAAGCGAUUGUGGAACAGAGAAAGGAAUAUGCAGAACUGAAGGAGCAGAUUGAAAAGGACGAGGAAGCAUGGCAAGCCUCUCAGCGACAACGUCAUGCCGACGAGGAUCAACGGUACAAGGCUCAUCGAGCGGAACAUCAGCGGCAGUUGGAGGAACAGACCAAAAAGGCCAAGGAAGAACUGAUGGCACUCAGUAGCUUUAUGACAUCGCAAAGUGAUGCCAUCAAGACGAAAUACACUGAAAAGCUUAACGAUAUGGAUCGCAUGCAAGACAAUCUGGAAUCGCUUGUUGAGAAGUAUCAAUUGGAUCGCCAACAACUCGACAAGGACAUUGAAGAGUAUGCGACCAAGAAACAACAUUUGGAUCAACUUGUCAAACGGUUAGAAGCGUCCGAGUCGCAAUAUAAAGAUCGACAAGAAGCCCUCGAAUGGGAAGUAGCCAGGUUGGAGUCCCAACUCAAGGCCGAUGGGAAAAGUCAUGAAGGACUUUUGCACAGUAAAGUGGAAGAACAUCAACAGCGCAUGGACGAACUGCGCAACCAACACCAACAAGCAGUACAAACCAUGUCUCAAAAGAUUGCCGUAUUGGAAUCCGACAAUGCAAGACUCGAAGAGGAUUGUGUCGCGCUUCAGGCCAACUUUGACAAGAUGCAACAAAACUACUCCAAUGAGAUUGAACGCUUGCAAAAUGCCAAGGCGAACUUGGAAGAAGAAUUGACCAAUGCGUUGACGGCCUCGCACGAAGUCCAAGAGGAGCUCAUCCAACUGCGACAACAUGCCGAACAGCAACAGGCUUCUCAAAGUGCCGAACGUGCCAAGAUGCAAGGAAUGUUGUCACGAUUGGAUGCGAAUGAGAAGGCAUUGUCACAAAAGCAAAAGGAGUUGGAAGAGCGAGAAGCCGUGGUGCAGGAAACUGGUGCCGAUGUUCAGGCAAGACUGGAGGAACUGAUCAAAUUGGAACGAGAAAUGUCUGCUCGCAAGCUUAAGCAAGACGAAGAAAUGGGUCAAUUGAACGAACUCUUGGAGAACAAAUUGAAGGAGAAACGAGAAAAGUUUGAAGAGGAACUCACGCACAGAAGAGAAAGACUAGCUCAAGAAUUGACAAGCCACAAGAAUGAAUGGAAGGAAAAACUCCUCGACGAGGCAAAACAAGCUGCCAAGGAAAACUCACAGCGUCGCAAGGCAGUUGACACCGAAUUGGAAUACCGACGAACUACCUUUGAGGCGGAACUGCAAGCCGAACUCCAAAAGAAGCGAGACGCUUUCGAUGCAGAUCUAGAAGAGCAGGUAACCGCCAUAGAAGCGAUGGAAACGGAAUUGCAAGGAAAGAAGGACAUUUUCGAAGCUGAAAUGUCUGAAAAUCUGAAAUCAUUGGAAGUGCUGGAGGCUGAUUUGCAGGAAAAGCGAAAACUCCUCGACGAGGAGAUUGCCGAGAAAAUGGAGGAGCAGCAAGGAGAGUUGGUGAAAAUGGAAAAGGAGCUAGAGCAAAAGCGAGAAGCUUUCGAGUCGGAAAUGUCUAAACGACAAAAGGCCUUGGACUCCAAUGUGGCAGAAGCUCAAAAGAAACAAUGCGAAUGCGAGGAAGAAAUGGAGAAGCUACAAGAAGCCUUGGAUACCAGAGCAGCAGAUCUACAGCAGAAACAAAAUGAGCUCGAGGAGGAAUUGAUGGAACGGCAGCACACACUAGAUGCUGUGGAUGAGGAAUUGCAGAAAAAGUCAGCUGCCUUUGAAGCUGAAAUGGCAGCACAGCAAACUGCUUUGGAGGCCGAGUUAGAGGUAAUGGAAACGCAACGUCAUGAACUGGCCACAGAAUGGGCAGACUUUCACAAGACGCGUCAGUUGGUAUCGUUGGACAAAAUCUUCAGCAGCCCUUGGAGACAAGACCAGGAGGCAGUCAGCGCUGCAUUUUCAAAAUGGGUUCGAAGCAGCAUGUUUGAGAGUGGUGUUGAAUCUGAAGCCCGCUUGCUAGAGGCCCAUGAAGAAAUGAACCGAACCAUGGAUGAGAUUGAAACUAGUCGAAACGAAAUUGAACUUCGACGCAAGCAAUGUGAUGAAAUGGAAGCAGAAUUGGAGAAGCAAAAGGAGGCUUUUGAGCAGGAAUCUAGUGAAAAGCGAAAGGCUGUGGAAGAGCUGGCCGAGAAACUGAAAGAGCAGAAUGAAAAUUUCAAAAGGACCCUCGAAGGUAAAAUAUCGAUGCUUGACGAACAGCAAAAGAGUGUUGAAGCGCGUUCAUUGGAAUUGGGUGAUCUUGCCAUGGCUCUUGAAGAAAAGCAAGCGUCCUUCCAGGAGGCAAUGUCGAGCCACGAAGACGAAAAGGCCAAGCUUCAGGAAGAAUUGAAGACUAUUGAUCAAAGUCGCGAGUCCUUGAAAGACCUGGAGGAAAAGUUACAAUCCCGUGAAAAGGAUCUUGCUUCAAAGAUUGAGAAGUACGAGGCAGAUAAACUCUCUCAACAAAAGGAGUUUGAAGCACAGCGACGAAGUUUGCAAGAGUUGAAGCACAGUUCUGAGGCACCUAGUAAUGUCGACCGCGCAGUCUCUGCCGUUCUUGAUCAUAGCAUGAAAGCGGAGCGGAAAUGGAUGGAAGAAACUACCGCUGCAGUCUUUGAACGCGAAAGUGAGUUGAACAGAAAGGAGAUAGGUCUUCGUCGCACGGAGAACGAGCUCCAAGAACGCGAAAGGAAGUUGGCUGGGGAGCUACAGACAAUCUCUGAUGCACAGGCUCGAAUCCGAAAGAUGGCAGAACAAUUGCGGGGAAGGGAAACGAGAGUUAAGGAGCUUGAAUUGCAGUAUAACGUUGAGUUGCAGAAAUGUCAGGAUUCUCAAAAAAGAAUACAACACAUGGCACUUCGUCUGAAGGAAAAGAACGAGAAGCUGAAAGGGGAAAAGCAGGAACUCGAAAGACGUAUGAAGAGUUGCAACGCCUUGGAGCAACAAUUGCAAAAAUGGCAGACCGAGCUCGAAGACGGAGGAGGAUUGACAGAUUUCGACAAUGAACUGUCAGCGAUCUCACCUAGUGUAGAAGAUGAUAUCGAGUUGAACUUCUAA